UCCCCCUCACAGAACCAGCCGCCGCCGCCGCCGCCGCCGCCUUACCUUGGCGAGGCGGGAGGGCGCGCGCGUGCGAGGCCGCCCUCCCCUCCUGGAAAGCGAACCGCGAAGCAAAACCGGCGGCCCAACGGCCGAGCGGACGGACUCGCGCUCCUCCUCCUCCUCCCUUUUCCUCCCUCCCCCUCACCGCCUCCUCCUCCGCAGCCUCGUUCUCGCCUCCGCCCUGGCGCGCGUGCCUCGAGCGAUAACAGCAUAAUCGUACUAUACAUGUCUACUUGGAAGUAAGGUGCAUUGAGUUCAGCGAAGUGGUGUUUUGGAUUGCAGCCUGGUUCUGUCUUUUAAGUUCCCAUAGCUGUGAAUAAGAGAAAUACUGUUACAAGGGAUUUCAUCACGCCGAAAAUGAAAACCUAUCAGAAGCUGACGACAGAUGUCCCCCAGAUCACAGAAGCUGGGGAGGAGGCCACCAAUGAAAAACCAUUGUGCCAUCAGAAGUUGUCAGCCUGGUGGCUGGGUGGGGGUCUCCUGAUGGUAGCCGCCCUGCUUAGCGGAGUGACUGUUUGGGUGCUUGGGCAGAUUUGGUGGGGUCAGCAUGGAGAACUCCCCCUUGCCAAGUGCGCCUCCAUUCCAGAAAAUCUUCGCUUUGACUGUUUCCCAGAGAGAAAUGUGGUUGUGACUCGAGAACUGUGCGAGGCUCGGGGAUGCUGUUUCGUUGACGGCGACUGGCCCUCGGGCAGCACAAGGGGGGUGCCUUGGUGCUUUUAUCCCUCAGACUUCCCCAGCUACACCUUGGGGAGCGUGAAUGAGACCACGCUGGGCAUGGCAGGUUUCCUGACCAGGAGGAUAAAGACCUAUUAUCCAAGAGAUAUUGAGAAGCUGCAACUCAGCGUGGACUUCGAAACUGACACUCGGUUGCAUAUCAAGAUCACUGAUGCCACAAAGUCUCGGUAUGAGGUGCCCCUUGAAGUUCCUCAGGUGACUAAGAGAGCGGAGAAUCCCGUGUAUGCCGUCGAGUUCUCCAAGGAGCCCUUUGGCUUGAUAGUGAAGCGGAGAGCUUCAGGGACUGUGCUGUUGAAUACAACAGUGGCUCCACUGUUCUUUGCGGAUCAGUUUCUCCAGAUUUCUACCAUGCUUCCAUCUACAUUCCUUUAUGGACUGGGGGAACAUCGAAGCAACUUCCUACAUAGUCUGGAGUGGAACACCCUGACCUUCUGGGCCCGAGAUGUCCCUCCCAUGGAGUCCUGCAAUCUCUACGGUGUUCACCCAUUUUACCUUGUCAUGGAGAAAGGCGGAGCUUCCCAUGGAGUUUUCCUCAUGAAUAGCAACGCAAUGGAGGUGGCGCUUCAGCCUGCACCUGCCCUCACCUGGCGAACCAUUGGAGGGGUUCUGGAUUUCUAUAUCUUCUUAGGACCAGAUCCCAACUUGGUGGUCCAGCAGUACCAGCAGGUGGUUGGCUUCCCUGCUAUGCCCCCCCUUUGGGGAUUGGGCUUCCAUCUCAGCCGCUGGGGCUAUGGAACAAGCAAUGAGACUUGGGAGACUGUAAAAGCUAUGAGGAAUUUUCAGAUCCCGCAGGAAGCCCAGUGGAAUGAUAUUGACUACAUGGACGGCUAUCGAGACUUCACCAUGGACUCACAGAAGUUUGGCACCCUCCCCCAGUUGGUGGAAGACCUUCACAAACAUGGGCAGCACUACGUGAUGAUUCUGGACCCUGGAAUCAGCAGCACUCAACCACCAGGCUCUUACUGGCCUUACGAUGAAGGCUUGAAGCGUGGGAUAUUCAUCAACACCACCCAAGGGAAGCCUCUGAUAGGGAAGGUCUGGCCUGGCCUCACUGCUUUCCCUGACUUCUCUAACCCAGACACUCACCAGUGGUGGCUGGAAAAUCUGAAGAGCUUCUACUCUCUCGUCCCCUUUGAUGGCCUUUGGAUUGACAUGAAUGAACCAUCCAACUUCAUGGAUGGCUCAGCUGAAGGCUGUUCCCAGGGGGAACUUGAUAACGCACCAUACGUGCCUGCCGUCCUGGGAGGUUCCCUUUACGCCAAGACAAUCUGUGCCUCGGCCAGGCAGAGCACAUCUGUGCACUACAAUCUUCACAGCCUCUACGGGUUGAUGGAAGCCAAGGCUUCUGCCAGCGCUCUGGUCAGAAUCCGAGGAAAGAGGCCUUUCAUCAUCUCUCGAUCCACCUUCCCGAGCCAGGGCAGGUAUUCAGGACACUGGCUGGGUGACAACUGGAGCAAGUGGAAGGACAUGUUCUGGUCCAUCCCAGGUGUGCUUAGCUUCAGUCUCUUUGGAAUCCCGUUGGUCGGGGCGGACAUCUGCGGCUUCUCUGGGUCUACCUCUGAGGAGCUUUGCACGCGCUGGAUGCAGUUGGGGGCCUUCUAUCCCUUUGCACGAAACCACAAUACCCAGAGUGAGAAGGCUCAGGAUCCCACUGUUUUCAGCCCUGCAGCACGAGCCGCCAUGAAGGAAGCCCUGCAGGUCCGCUAUGCCCUGUUGCCGUAUCUCUAUUCCCUCUUCCACCGGGCUCACCUGCAAGGGGACACCGUGGCCCGGCCUCUCUUUUUUGAGUUCCCAAGGGAUGUGGCCACCUACUCCACCGACAAGCAGUUUCUCUGGGGACGGGGUCUCUUGGUGACGCCAGUGCUGGAACCCGGUGUGGAUUCGGUGAUUGGCUACUUUCCCAAGGGCUUGUGGUACGACUACUUCACGGGCUCAUCAGUGAACAGCAGCGGGGAGAGCCUGAAAAUGGCAGCACCUCUGGACCACAUCAACGUGCAUGUGCGUGAGGGGACCAUCCUGCCAACGCAGACAUCCGGGGGCAGCACUUCGGUGAGCAGCAGGAACCCUCUGCGCCUGAUUGCGGCCUUGUCCCAGAAUGCCAAUGCCUGGGGAGACCUUUACUGGGACGAUGGCGAGAGCCUGGAUACUUUUGCAAAGGGCGACUAUGCUUACUUGGUGUUCAAUGUCACUCAGAACUUGUUCACUUCCACUGUCCUGCAUUCCGACAUGGAAGCCACCUACAUCACAGUGGAUACGCUGACCGUGUAUGGGGUCUGGGAAGAGCCAAAGACUGUCACCGUCAAUGGCAAGGAGAGACCGUUCAUCUAUCUUACAAACCAGGUUCUUACUGUGAGUGACCUCCAGCUCAGCCUCAGCCAGGGAUUCAGCAUACGUUGGAUGUGAGGCUGGCAAAGUUCCCUCCCCCCAAUCAACUGUCUGAAUGUACUGUUGCGAGCAGACCAGUCUGUUGCCUGUCUGAGCCCUCCAGAUGGGGUCACUGUACGCUGUGGGGUCUUUGUGGGCUGCACCAUCAAGCCCUGGGCCUCAUUGUCUCUUCUUUGCACCUGCUGAGGAAAGGACUCCCUGCUGCUUCAGCUCCGAGUGCAUUUCUGUCCCCCCUCCCAAAUCUCCCAUCUCAACUCUGCCCUUGAUGAGGUGAGGGUCCCCUGCACGCGGUUAGGCAUCCCAUUGAUCCAUCCUGCAUUUUAGACGAUGCUUCAUGCUUCCAUCAGAAAAGGAGAAGCAUCUGUCGCACUGGAUUCAAAUGCCUGAACUAUAUGUGUGGGGGUUGUUGUUGUUGUUUUUGGGGGGGUUGGUAAAAGUAGCCCAGGAUUUCUGUGUGCUGCUGUUGCUGCGUCCUGUUGUGCUUUCUCCGCUGCUGCAUGAGGAGGGCCCCCCUGUGCAUGCAUAACUAUGUCCCAAGCCCUCCUGGCAUUCCCAGUUUAAAGGAUCUUGGGUAGCAAAGCUGGGUGGUGGGGAGAGACCUCUUUCCUUACAGUGCUGGAGAGCUCUGUGCCAGACAGUACUGAGGAAGAUGCGCCGUUCAGCUGGCCUAACCCCUCCACUCCUGGGUCCUAAUGUGGGAGGGAGAUUAUCCAAGCAGGAAUCACAACUGUCUUUUGCUGGAACCAGGACCUGAACUGGAGCAGGCAGAAAGCAUGGCACUGCCAGCCCCGCAAAGGGAGAAAGCCAGGAUCCUAGGACUUAUACCAGACCCAGCCAGUCCAGAGCUUUCAUACUAUGUGCCAAUGUGAAGGGCUGAUAUUGCAUGCUGCAAUUCCCUUUUGUGUCUGUAGAGGGCACUAAAGCUUGGGCAUGCUCAGUCUGUGGUACCUCUCUUAGGCUUCAGCUUCAACCUCAUAUCCAAUCAUAAGAAGAGUCCUCCUGGGUAAGGCCAAAGAGAGCCCACCCAGUCCACUGUCCUUUUCUGACAGUGGCCAACCACAUGCCUCUGGGAAGCCCGCAAACAGGACCCAAGUGCAACAGCACUCAGAUCCCGGAGUUCCCUGUGCUACACAAGGCAGCUCUUCCUAAAACGAUCAUCAAAAGCUAAAACCAGAUUUUGCCAAUAUCAGUUUAAACCCACAAAGAUAAAUGGUGGUUUUUCACGUCAUCAUGAUCCUAUUUUGUUCAUGAUGGCAAGUUUGAUGAUGUACAGGAGGUUUGGCUUGAAGGUGCCUUCCAGCCAUAACCAUGGCUUCCACGGCUAAAACGCGGCUGAUGGCCACUGAGGACGCCAUCAACUGGUCAAGCAAUAGAUGCCAUUGUUACAUACUCUUAACGCACAGUGUCGCUCAUGGCCAGCUCACAGUGUUUUGCCACCAUAAGGGGCUGCCUUGUGAGCUGAGAGGUUUGCUUUGGGAUCUCUUAAAAUGCUGCAGAGGUUGUAACUCUCCUUUGAUGCCAACAAGGGAUCUUGGAGCAUAACUCUUGACUUGCACACUAUCUUGCUGGCACCCUGCUUGGUUGCUGGCGAUGACCUCGCCCUCUGUUUGAAUGUCUUUGCAGUGUAUCAAAAUAUACAAUGUGAGGGAGAAAGCCUCAUUUGCACCGUUUUUAUACAGAGUCCUCCUUUCCCCUUAUCUACAGCUGUGUGAGCAAAAAUGCAACCAUCUAAUCCUCUCCCUCUGCAGAACAGCAAGGAGAUGUCUGCUUGCUUCUAGAUGCUUUGGGAAAGGCUAGCAAUGCACAGGUUAAACUACACAUGACACAAACACAAAGCGAAAAUCCAGUUUUGCCCGUUAGUUUAGCUUUGUAUCUGCCAUUUCUCCAUGGCUGGCUGCACCCAAGUCGGCGCUCGAUAAAAUAAAACCUCAAACAGUACCGCAUUUGAAAACAGUUCAAAUCAAUCCAUGAAUGCACAUCAAGCAAAUUCAAAGAAAACCCAAUGAGUAAUUCUACAAAACACAUCAUAGCAGAAAUUCAGUAUCGCCAUGGAAUUAUUUGCAAUCAAUCCACUCGCUAGCUCUCAAUCGUUAUGUAAGCUAGCCUGGCCUUGGCUGUGAGCAUCUGCAGGGGUGAGGGAUGAUAACUGGGCUUGCAGCUGGUGGAGAAGGGAAGCUCAAACCUUUUUCUCCCUUACUGUGGUCCUGAAAAAACCCUCUAAACCUGAUACUUGCUUUCAGAAGAAAUUGUUCAGUGGCACUAACUAUUGUAUUGGCCACAGCACUGCAUGGGCCUGGCCGUUGCCCCUUCUCUUUCAUAUUUGGCUGUGUCCCAGAAGCAUGGCUUCAAAUCCAAAUCCCAUUGGACUUGACCAUUUAGCCAUGCUGCCUGGGGGUCUCGAGGAGGGCACCAGAUUCCCCACCCAUGCCUCAGGAAGUCAUUCUCUGGCACACACCGAGUAUCAGGCCUUUCCUGGACAUUGCAUUCCCCUCUUGAUGAGGCAUCUGAAGGUGCUUCAAGGCACUUGGAUUAGUAUAGCAUCUCAGUUGCUCUCUUCCGCUUGGCCUUCUAGAAGUUGCACACAGUUGGCUUGCUAUUUGAAGAAGUAUUUAAUCAGGCCAGCCAAAUGAUGAAACAGUUUUCCUUCAGUUGAUUUGAUUGAUUGCUUCUUCUUUUCUACCAAUUUAAUUACAUUUGCAUUUGCUCAUCUAGGGACCUUUUUGAGCUCUUGAAGGAGGCGAACAGGAUUUAAUAAGAAAAGUUAACACUCAUUGUGAGAAUCAAAGGGACAUCUUGAAUGCCACCACCUCAUUCACCUUUAAAACUAAAAAUUAAGUGUGCCCUUAGUAUUCAGCUCCCCCCGAUUAAAAUUUGACUUUACCUAUAAUCAGUGGGUAGAGAGAUGUUCUGCUAACACCGUUAUACCAUCAAUGUGUAGCUUAGUAAGGAACCUAAGACUUUCCCGCAGGUAUAACUGGAAUAUAGGAUUGCCUUGCAAGCUUGCAGUCCAAGGUGAGCUCCUCUAGGAGCAAACUUUAUGGGACUCGGACUUAACUUCUGACUAAACUUACAGAGGACAGCACUGUAACACUUUAUUAACCAGUAGAUCUACAGUACUGUCCUUCGUAUGUUUGCUCAGAAGUAAGGAUGGAGUAGAAAUUUUGUUUUGCUUCACAUUUUUAAUGUAGCCGUCCCCAAUUGCAACCCCCCCAAAAAUAUACAAACAAAAUCACAGCUAUUCUUUGAAAUGUGCACUUUCCUGAAUUUUGUGAUGCAGUUCUCCAACCAAAAAUAAAUAUAUAAAUAGAUAUGUGUAUUAGGGGAAAGUGUACGUGAAAAUAAUAUAAAUAUGUGUUGCAUCAGAGAAAAAUGUGUGUAUGAGGCAAAAUGUGUGUAUUUUAGGAGAAAUCUGCCCUGAAAUGCUGACAAUUAUUUGUAAUGACUUGAAAUAAAUGCAUUUGCAAUCUGAUAUGGAAAUGGGGUGAGCUUAAGAUUUGGAAAAAUAAGAAACUGGGAGAAGCCAA